UUCCGCUCCGCCAUCUUUGCGCCCUUGGUGGACCCCGGACCGUCCCCUGUCAGCAGCUGCAGAGAGGGACGUGAGAGGCAAGGAUGUCGAGCCGCAGAGUUGCCGUGAAAGCUGUCGACUGGAUGGCGUUUGGUGAGCGGGUCCCACCAAACCAGAGAGCCAUGUUCAAUGCACUGAAAACUCGAAGUGACGCCCUGUCUAGCAGGUUGACAACACUUCCAGAGAAACCUCUGGCCCUUGACUGGAGCUAUUAUAGGAACAUUAUUGCAAAACCUGGAAUGGUGGAUGAGUUUGAAAAGAAGUACAAUGCUGUAAAGGUUCCGGAACCCAUUGACACACAAGGGGAGAAAAUUAAUGCUCAGGAGCAAGAGGCCAAUAAGAGUGCUCAAAGUUAUUGCCAGGCUUCAAAGGAGAGGAUUUCCAAAUACGAGAAAGAGCUUGCGAAAUUCAAAAGCAUGGUUCCUUUUGAACAGAUGACUUUUGACGAUCUGAACGAAACUUUCCCUGAAACCAAGCUGGACAUGGUGAAGUAUCCCUAUUGGCCCCAUAAGCCCAUCAGUGACCUGUAAUUGUCCCUGUGAUAUCUGCAGAUGUAAUUCUAUUAUAAAAUAAAGCAAUGUUCAAUGUUGA